AUGUCUGCUGGCGAGAAAAUGCCCACCCGGGACUUCAUGCCAAUGGAGGUUAUCGACCAGAUGGACGAAUCGGCAGCGAGUGUAACUGCCUUUGUCAAGCAGUUGAGGGGAUUGAACAUCACCAAGCUUGCAGAGCACGAGAAGAAAGAGUAUCUCGACAUUGUUGGACGAUAUGAAGACAUUCUGGAGCGUCUGCUGAUGUAUAUUGGCAAUGAAAAGUCAAGGUUCGAGUACCUGCAAGAAGCCGUCACUCAAGAGGCGCCCGAUAUAUACGAGACACUCUGCAAGGAAAUGGACAUCGAGACUCCAACUAAAAUCUAUGCCGAUAUAUCCAACCUACAAAAGCUUGUCAGGGACAGAAAACAGGCGCUUGGGAGCAAACGUCGCGACAAAGCGCUGCGACUUGUUAUUAUGGGCAGCGCAGGGAUUUGCCUUGUCAUUGCAUCCAUUACAACUGCGCUGAUCUCACUUGCUAGUGCGGGCGCAGCAACACCACUGAUUGUUCCGAUCAUCACGACGGCAUUUGCGAUAUUCUCUGGAUUCGGCGGUUUCAAGAUACUAUUCGACCUUAUACAGAAUGGCACCGAGCAUACCAAGUUGAGCCUCAUCGACAAUAAUUUAGCGACAUUGGAGAAGCACCUGAGUGAUGUUCGACGAGCUGAAAUAGGCGAAUACGAUUUUCGGCUACGAUCGGAACUAAAAUAA